UUGGCGCACAUCAAAAACAUGAGAGAACAUCAUCUUCAAACACCAUUGAAGGAGCUCGGAAAUCGCCGAUCAAAAUCCAUCUCCGCCGAUCAAACUAAGAAGCAGAUCAAAAGCACUAGGAAGAACUUGAAUUCUGUGUUUGAAUCGCAAGCUGCCUCCUCAUUUUCUCAAUCAUCUAUCGGCACUUCUUCUCUGUUUUCAGAUGAUCAUAGUCUACUCACUGAAUCUGCCUCUGAGGACUUGUUGAUUCCAGAGACUUCUCCUUCAUCAGAGGCAGUGGAUCCUCUAGUUGAUCUGACUCCAUUGUCAUCGACAGUAACUUCUGACAAGUUCAAAGAAUGCACUGGUUCGAAUAGCCGUAAUGGAAUUCCACAAAUUAGUGAUGUGAAAUUUGGUUCUGUUGAGGUUGAAAUGGCAGUAAAGUACCUAAGAGAAGCUCAAGUGCAAGUGGUGAAUGCAACAGAUAUUGAUAUUCGGUAUAAGAACCUUCUCGAUGCUGUCAUGAACACUGUAGUUGAAGAGUUCUAUGGACUGCCAGAAGACAAGGACUGCUAUAAUGCCAUUGUCUCAAAGAAACUCCAUUUGGUGACACUGACUUUCUUGCUGUGGAUAAUUGCUGUUUUCAUCGGAUUCUUCUUCCAUUCUGGCGAAAAUCACUCUUUCCAUGGACCUGUACCUACCUAAAAUGUUGUGAUCUCAGUGGCUGAUGUUUGCAGGUAUAUUUCUCUUUUCACCUAUGGUACAUGAACUCUUCAUUUUGCGCUGAUGUAUUCGUGUCAAUCAUAUUCGAAAAAAGUGUUUGUAGUUCUGUUUUGGAUCUUCAUUUUGGCAUUUGGUAUAACUUGUGUGAAUCAUAACUGUGUCGAGCAUGGAUGUAUGUG